AUGGACACCGUGGGCGCCCGGCUGAGCCGCUCCUCCACGCGCUAUGGCCCCGUCGGCAGCAGCAACGCCUCCUUCAGUGGCCCCGUCAGGAAGUGGCGCAAGGCGUGGGCCCCUCUCGCCGGCGGCGGCGCGGGGUCCGCCUCCGCCGGUAUGGGUCCCAUUGGGUGCCCGAGGGGUAACAAGGUGGUGCUGCUCAAGUGGGCGCCGGUGAGCGGUGCCGGCGACGGUAACAACAAGGAGGUCGCCGCGGCGGCCACCAGACGGCGAUACGUUCCGGUUUCGGGUGUGCCACAGAACUCUACCAGAAAAGGCGGCAGCACCGAGCUGAACUUGAACCUCGGUUUGGAGGACCCGGAUGAUGACAGCGACGCUGAUUUGAGCCCAGACGAACAGCGUGACAUGGGCAGCACCCCGCAUUCGGAGAACCGACUGAAGAGGAAAGUGUUUUAA